AACAAGCUGACGACGAUUCGAAUGCCUCUUUCCGAGUCGAGAACCCAUGCUCGACCAGCCCCACUCGCAUGUCUGGAGUGUCGGCGCUCCCAUAUCAAGUGCAAUGGAACCCAACCCAUCUGCGGGCGUUGCCAGACUCGUGGUUUCGCAUGCACUUACAAGCGUUCUGGACGAGGUCGCCGACGUGGCAUAACGCGCCCGGAUACUGAUGAGCAGCCGACAUUGUCUCACACCGUACCAGCUCCUUCUGAUUCGGUUGCACAGCCCGUUGGUGCACAAGCGCUCUCUUGUACGCCGUCUGCAGCGCAAUGGCUUCCUCUUGACAGUGCCGCCGCUUCACCAAACCCUGCCUUACUGCGGCGUACACAACCAACCAGUCCGCCAGACCUAAACGUCGCGUGGACUGACGACGAGCAACUGGUAAAUCUUUACUAUCUCAACUUCCACGCGAGCCACCCAAUCCUGCUACCAAGGCACAUGUAUUGGCAACAUGGAUACCCUCGUUACCUGAAAGCGGUAGUUCAUCUCAUAGGUGGCCGCUUCUCACACACUGUCGCGCUAGACGAGUUGCGUGAGAGCGUGACGCGAGAAUUUGCUCAAAGCGAGGAAGAUACAGUCGAGAUGGUGCAAGCAGGGCUUCUCAACACCAUUACCCUAUUCGCAGAGAAUUCCACGGAUCAAGGGCAAAGGAUGCUUGACUCUACGAUUGAACUGGCUUUGCGACUUGGCAUGCACCAACGGAGCUUCGCUCCGACGCAUGCUGGUGAUCUGACUGUGCUGGAAGAGAGCAUGAGGAGGACCUGGUACGAACUGUAUGUGAUUGACGGCUGCAUUGCCGCAUUGCAGCGGAAGUCCACAUUCAAAACCAACACGGUGAAUGCCGACGUGCUUUUGCCAUGCGACGAUUUUACUUACGAAGCCGGAAUGUGCUUCAUGCCAGCAACUAUGGCUGAGUUCCAUGGCAACGUCUUCGCCGAAGAGGAAAAGGUCUUCUCGUCCUCCUGCUACCGCAUAGAAGCUGUACGCCUCCUUGGGCGAGUUUUGACUAUCACCGGAAAGCACGGAGUGGAUCGAGAUCUUGUGCAGGCCGUUGAUAAUGCGCUUGCUGCUUUCCUAUAUCACUUGCCUCGUUCUAAGAGCGAAGCGGAGAUAUCAAAUACCUUCGGUGAUCUGGACGAACUCAUGUUCCAAGCGCACACGAUCAUCCAAUGGAGCACCAUCCUCGUACAUUAUCCGAGAGGGGAUUUGAUGUCUUCUGACCUCUUAACGCAAGAUGUGCUUGGAGCCAACUGUACCAAACUCCUUUGUCCUUGCAAUCGCCAGCACAUCCACUCAGUCAAAGCCGUCGAAGCCUCCAAGACUAUAGCUAUGUUAGCCGCGCUACGCACCCCAACACAAAAACACACUCCAUUAUUUGUAUACCCUUUGGCUCUCGCUGCUGUAGUUCAGCUGUCCAUAGGCGCAAUGCACGACAAAAGCUCUCGACGCUGCCUGGAUCAGCAUGGCGAUCGAGUCAAACUGCUGCUAGGUAUACUCAAGUCGAUGAGCCGCCAAUGGUCGGCUGCUGGAAUCGUGCUACGUACUCUAAAGCGGGUGGCUUCCGUAGUGUUCCGCAGUCCUUCCGUCGAUUCACCAUCCAGCGCAGUAACCCCUCCAGCCACGUCGAUGGAUAACGUUACUUUCCCAGAAUUUGACCUCCAGGAUCUGUACGGGAUUGUGGGCCUCGACAACAAUACAUUGGGUAUCUGAUGUACUCACUUUCGCCCUCCAACUUCACUUCAACCAUUCGGUCGAGCUUGCAAGGACGCAUCGAUCGCUUCAUCUGCGCGAACCAAAUUGGAAAAGAUCGUUGUGCUGUGUAU